GUUGGACAACAAAAACUUACACAUGGUUAGAAAAUCGUAGAGCCGCUCAACAGAAAGUCGGUACUUUUUUGUACUUUUAUCAGUAUGUAAAAUAAUUUAUAUCCUUUAUAUAUAUAUAUAUAUUUAUUCAUAAAGUGUGUAUUUAAUCACUUAGGCAACUUAGGGAAAUUGCCAUAGAAAAGCAUUAUUGAGAAUAGUCUAACUCCGUGUAAGUUCAUAUAGCUGAGCAGGAAAGUAACUGCUAGAAGGUAGCUAGUUAGGCUAAUGCUAAGCUUUAAACAGCAGAGGGGCGUUCUUUCCCUCAGCAGUUCAGAUGGCUGUACGCUGGUUAUGCAGUGAAUGAAGACCGUGGUUUCUGUCGUGGGAGGGGCGACACCAGUCCGACCGCAGUCAGCCAGUCAGGGGGAGAAGAAGAGUCGGUGGAGAAGCUGACCCGGCCGGAAGCUUAAAUCCUGCUUUCGUCUCUGCACGCUUGGAUGCCCUUUUUUUGCAGACUGACCUGGCUGAUGGAAACAGAGCUCCGCGAAAAUGUGCGCGAAUGUUUUCGGCGUGUUGAAGAGUCUCUUCGGGAAACCUUUUGAUGGUGGAAAAAGGAUGGACCAUGGCGGUCCACAGGACCAGCAGCAGCAUCCAAUGGAGCAGCAGCAGCAGCCCUACCAUCCGCAACACCCUGCGAUGAUGAGACUGUAUGAGGUCCAGAAAGAGGUCUCAUCUCUGGGGCCGCAGGUCUGCACCUUCAGCGGCCUGCAGAAUGAUCGAGAAUACAAGCGAAUGGAACGCGAGCUGACUCAGCUACUGUUGCAGGUGGACCAGGUGGACACGGAGGGUAAACUGGAGCUGCAAGGAGCACGCAAGAGGGCUGCGCAAGAGGUGGAGGGUCUCCUGCGAUAUCUGGAGGAGAACGCCUCCCAUCCAUCCCGCCUGGCCAUUGAAGAGCUGAGCAUUGCUGCGCGGCAGCUGGUGGAUGAGCGGGUGGUGGCACCACAACGAGCCGGUGGGGUGGCAGAGAUAAAUGACGAGCUGGUGGACGCCCUUCAGGAGCUCAUUCUAAGGCUCACUCAGAUCAAGACUGAGGGAAGGGUGCCACUCCGCAAAGCGCGCUACCGAGCACUCACACGACUGUGCGCCGUGCAGGAUGUGCUAGAAGGCCGUACGCCACAGCAGACCCUCUCUUUACCCCUGUCAGGGGACACCCACGAAGCUGUUAACUGCAUCAACCAGGUCAUGGUGAAGGUGAGCAUGGCUCGCAGUCAGCUUUUAGCUUUGCUGAUGGGGCUGAGUGGAAGGGACAGCUGCGCGCACCUGUCUCGCAUCCUCACGGAGCUGCAGGUAGAGCUGGAUGCCCUGGAUGUCUCCGGGAACGCAACAAUCCGAAAUUACAGGAAACAGGUUGUGGAGGAAAUAAACGGGCUCCUAAAACACCUGGACCUGGAGGGAGAGGGGGAUGACACUCGCAGGUACGAUUUGGCGCAGAACAACUCUAUCCGUGAGAUCGAAGCUGUGCGAGCUCACGUCUCCCACUUGCGAGAAGGCGUUCUGCGUUACUGCUUGAUGGGCGACCUCAGCUUCAGGCCCAAAGCUGAACUGCAGAGCCUUCUCACCCACCUGGACCAGGUGGACACAGCCAAAAACCCAUGCAUCAGAGAGGCCCGCCGCCGUGCUGUGGUAGAGGUCCAGGCCGUCAUCACCUUCCUGGACCUACGUGAGGCCUUAGCCUCUCGUCACCCGGGCCCUGAUGAGCACCCAUCGCAUCGGGCCGUGUGGCUGGUCCUGGGGAGCCUGUCUGACCUACAGGCCCAAGUACUGGGUUUUGAUGGGAAGCGGGCUGACAAGAGCUACAUUAUCCUGGAAGAAAUGCUGACAAAACAGCUGCUGGCGCUGGACGCCGUGGAUCCACAGGGUGAUGAGUCGACUAAGGCGGCAAGAAAACAGGCAGUGAAGUUUGCCCAGAACAUUCUCAACUACCUAGACAUGAAGACAGAUGAGUGGGAGUACUGAUUAACUGAAAACCAGAUUGGGUAGGACCUUUCUGUAGGAACAAAAGGAGCUAAAGCUAGUACUGAUAGAAACUGGUGUGUCAUCAUUCCGUCAGCUGUAAAUAUUGCCUAAAAUACCCAGAAUCCACUGCAGCAGAGCUUUUUUUUUUGUCUCUUUGUGGUAGUCAAGGCCAGCCCAUCAGAAAAUCACAGAACUCCUUUUGUGAAACACGUUUCGACACGUAUUUUUGUGUGCUCUUCAAAGAUUUUCCAGGUGUGUGUGUGUGUGUGUGUUGCUUUUUGCUGUCAUUGUGUUUGGCGUGUGGUAGUAGAAGUCGGCAGCCAAAGCACUGAAUAAUGCUUGUUGUCCUCUCCUCCAGACUGCACUUCAUAUUGAUAAAGUGCUCGGGAUGAGUGAUUGUAAAGCAGUGGCCUCUUUGAUUAACUUGCCUGUCAGUUGCUAAUGGAGAUCAUACGCUACUAGCGGGAGGUGUGGCUUAUUCUGUGCGACUACAACUACCAGACCUGAAGCAAUUUACUUUGAUUUUACUGCGUUUCCUACAGGAGGUCAGAUUGCUGGAAAGCACAUGGAUUUAAUUAAAUCUGUGUUCAAACAGAUGGAAUUACAAAGUGGGAGAUUGGUUUACUUAACUGAGGCCAUUCUCCGGUAAAGACGCAUGGAUCAGAAUUUUGUGGCCAAUUUCUGAUCCCUGACUUUUAGAGAGGCGUGACCUGCCGCUCCAGAUUUAGACCGAUUCUCAUUUCUCCCCAUGAGCUAUAAUAUAGGAAGAUAUAAUAAAAGUAUUCAAAAUAUUUUCUUCUUCACGCCAAGAAGGCUGGAAAAAUUAGGUUAUUGUUUUUUUAGGAGCCAAGGCGACACCACACACAACAGCAAAGACGCACUUUUUUAAUCCAUCUUUAGUAUCUUAUAUUAGCGAUUAGCAUGACAAGAAUUACUAAAGGAAAGGUGUUUGUAUGUAUUCCCUAGCGAAUAAAUCAGAAAUGUCAAAAGGGCUGUCAGCAUUUCCGAUUCAACAUGUUCCAUAACAGUAUCAGGUUCAAAGUUCAAAUGGAUGAAACAGAGCAGCAUUGCUGUUAAACCUUCAUGUUAUCAGUUCAGGUCUUGUUCUCUCCCAGCCUGAAUGAAAGCUUCUUAGGUCUUGGUGCUUCUUCUGACCCCUGAUUCAUAAAAUUGGUAGCUUUGAAGCUACUUCAUUCAGUAAUAAAUUCCACACCAAAGAAUGGUAUUAGACCUGGUAGGGUUCGGGUGUGGUGCCUUGACCUAUUGUUAAAAGAUCGGGUUUAUUUUAGUUUCCAGAGUCACCGGUCAGGGCGGGUCAAGCUGAGAAUAGUCUGUUUCCGUUCACCGACCUCUCUAUGACCCUCUAGUCUCCAGUCUUAGAUCUUGAUUGUUGAGUAUUUGCCCCAAGCCUGCAGUAGCACCAAGCUCCCCCUGAAAUGGCUUCAUAAUUGACGAGGAAGAAAUUAAAACCUAUUUGAAGGUGAUUUGGAAGCCAUGAAUGAAUGAAUGUUUUUUUUUUUUUUUUUAAACUGAGCAGGACAAAAGAGUGUGGGCAAGAGAUGGAUGACUUCAGCUUUCACUGCAUCUGCACUGGUCUGUUUUCAGAUGUUAGUCCUGACUGUUUUGUGAUCACACAAGGCUAAAAAUAGAUCAGAUAUGAAUUUUUUCAGGAGAAGAGAGGUUCAGGAGAAGCAACGUGAUAUUUAGGUGUUGCUGCUUCCAUGGCUUUUCUUCUGUCUGUUUCUACCCAUUACUUUCUGUUGACGGAGGAGAGUGACUGAAGCCUUUUAUGAGAAUUGGACAGAAAGAGGCUGAGGCAAUGAUACCUGAAGGACUGGCUUGUCAAGGCUGAAGCUCGUGGGUUCGACAGGAGGUUCCUGCGCAGUGAGGCAGUGAUGAAGAUCACAGUCGACAGAGCCUUCUAGAAACCUGUCUGAGCUGCUGCUGUCACUGCUGUUGGAGAUUGAUGGAGGGAAAUCUGAAUCUCUGUGCCUUUUACUUUUCAGCCUUUUACCCAUCAGUUUUGUGUGAGACAGUGUUUUAGUUCAGCAAAAAUAGAAGGCAUCCUUUAUGAUAUGCAUCAAUGCACUAGAAUAGGACACCAAGUACUGAAUGCGUUUUAUGUACAGAGUACCUUGACCCUUAUCAGAGGAUGUGUGCACUGGUCUGCAUAUUUAUUUCUUAAUAAAUUUCCAGUCAUUAUUUUUACUAAAUCAGACUGAUAACAUUCUAAUCAGGCAACUAUAUGAGUCACGUUCUCAGUCUGGAAACAGCACCAGCUGGAGCUCAGUAAUCUACCUACAACCAGUUAUCAUUCAUAGUUGACCUUAAAUCAGUUCAAUUUCAGUUCAGUUUAUUUAUAUAGCAGCAAUUCACAACAAGACAUCUCAAGGCACUUUACACUCAGUCCAAUCAUAAGGUCAGAUUCCAGGUCAAGGACAUACAUUCCAAUUGAUCCUAGGUAUCAACCAGUGCAGUCAAAUUCAGUUUAUUAAACUUCCUUUAUAGUUAAUAACUCAGUUGAUGAAACAAUUCUAGCCUGGUUAUGAGGUCUUUUCUAGGUAUCAGCCAAUUGGUUUAAAAUAGCAGGAGUGUCGCAAAAAGGUAGUGUCUUGUAAAAGUAUUCAUACCCCAUGAACCUUUUCAGAUUUUCUCACAGCGACAAACUUCAAGAUAUUUUAUUGUGUUUUUAUGAUACAGAGCAACACAAUAGCACACAAUUGUGAAGUGGAUUAAAAAAAGAUACUUGGUGAUAAUGUUUUUUCUAACAAAUGCAAAUUUGAACAGCGUGGCAUGCAUAUUUAAU